AAGAAAUAUAAUCAAUAAUGGCAUUCAAACUUAUCGCAUUCGCAGCACUUAUUGCUGUAGCUCGUGCUGGCCUUAUCCCAACCCAUGGAUAUGCUGCUGCACCAGCUGUUUAUUCACACGCCGCUCCAGCUGUAUACGCUCAUGCCUCUCCAGUAGCUGUAGCUCAUGCUCCAAUUCACGCUAAAGUACUCGUUGCUGAAGCUCCAGCCAAAUACAGUUUCCAAUAUGGUGUACAUGAUUCCCACACUGGUGAUGUUAAAGAACAACAUGAAGAACGUAAUGGUGAUGUUGUACAAGGAUACUACACUUUAAAUGAAGCUGAUGGAACCAAACGUAUUGUUCACUACACCGCUGAUGAUCACAAUGGUUUCAACGCAGUCGUACAACGUGAAGGUAAACCAGUUCACCCAGUUGCCGUAAAAGCUGUCGCUCCAGUAUACGCUCAUGCUGCACCAUUAGCUGUAGCUCAUGCUGCACCAGCUGUAUAUGCACAUGCAGCACCAGCUGUAUAUGCCCAUGCUGCUCCAUUAGCCGUAGCUCAUGCAGCUCCAUUAGCGUAUGCCAGUCAUGGUUACCAUCAUUAGAACUAAAUUUUUUUAUUUAAUUUUAUGCUUUUGUAAAUAUGAAUGUGUG